AUUUGGAUUAUAUUAACCUUGCGUAUAGGUCAAUGUAUUCUCUGUGGAGAGAAGAAGACGAUUUUACUUCAGCUUCAAAACUAGAAGAGUGGUUCGAAAUGAACAUCUGGGCCAAUUUAAUUGAUCCUGCUUUUCGUGAGAUGGAAAUUGAUUUGGUGCGAGAAGGGAUGUGUUUAUCGUCAAGCGAUAGAGAAAAUAUUGAUAGGUCUGAUGGGAUCUUUAGAUUACGCAAAAAGCACCUUGAAUUUGGCGCAAUUGAAGCUGGAAGAAACCGGGAGGGAACAAAGGGAACCAAACUCUUAACGGAUUCCUUAAAAAUGUCCAAGAUGCUUAAAGAUAUGAUUAAUGCACUUGCAACAGAAUGCAAUAUGAAAGAAGAUGUUUUGAGAAAGUUACAAAUAGCUGGAAUUCUCCAAGGAGCGAAUAUGAUGCAAGUAAUUACCGUAGAUCUUCCGAAGGGAUAUGUUACUCGUAUCCAUCGUCGAAAAUUUUAUGAAGUUCCUGGUCGUUUAAACAAGAAUCAAUCGCUUGGAUUAAUUAUAAUGGAGGUUUUAUUCGUAAAAUCUGUAAUUAAGCAAGCACUUAACUUGAUUAAUGAGUCAGAAGUAGAUUUCGAACAUUUUCUUAAUAACUAUUACGAAAAUGACGGAUUCCAGACACCCCCUCAAAAUAUUUAUAAAGACUUUUAUUAUGAGUUAUGGGUAGCAAAAAAUGCAAUCAAAAGACUUAAACGUGCAAGGGAAGUAGGGAAAAAGAUGCGACCAUGCAUACUUAUUCAACAUAAAUGGAUAGAAUUUAUGCAUCAUCCCAAUGGUUUAAUUGUUAAGCAGUUAGCAGAGCAUUACAAACUUUUGUGGACUAUUCGUGAAGAAAUGCGCCAAUAUCAAGAAAAGUCAAAUUUUGAAAUCAACUUAUAA